AUGUUCCGGCGUAGGGUGUGUGAGUGGUCUCAGUCCUACCCAAGGAUUGUCCCCGCCGGUGUGGCCACGCUGGGGGACCGCGUGGUGGUGACAAGGGGAGAUGAUGUGAGGUUGGUGUGCCUAACGGUCGGAGAGCCUCGUCCUCCUCUCACAUGGACGAAGGAUGGACGGAGAAUUGAGCCUAGUACGAGGUUUUCUCAGGACGCCGACGGUUCGCUCGUGAUUCGCGGGGUGGAGCGAAUUGACCGGGGCAACUUCACGUGCUCCAUCAACAGCGUGCGGAAACACCCUUAUGUGCACACCUCGUCUACUUCCACCAAGCGCCCCGUCCGCCCACAUUUCGGACGCCACCUCCUCCUCCCUGACGGUGACGUGGGGCAGCAGGAGAUACGGGCGGGGCGGCGGUGCGAUCGUGGGCGGUGUGGUGGCGGGCGGCGACUGGCGGGGGCUCCUGGCAUACGCGGGAGCUUGGUCGCGCCCACUCCCGUUACGUCAUCGGGGAUUUGCAGUGCGGUGCCGAGUACCAGGUUUACAUCACGGCCAGGACACACGUCGGGGUAUCGCCGCCCUCACGCCCACUCACCGCCCACACCUCCGGCUCACCCCCUGUGGCGCCGCCCUCCCGUCAGGUGGCUUCCGGGAACAGCAGUGGCCUGUGGGUGUGGCUGGGGAAGGUGGGCGGACGGUGGCUGUCCCAUCACACACUUCACCCUGGAGCUCAAGAGGUCCCGUGACCCAACCUGGACCACUUUGGCGAGUAGUCUGGCGCCACAGGAAGUGUACGAGGUGGGCAGUGUGAGCAGCGGCGCCACCUUUGGGCUUCGGCUCACGGCACACAACGCUGCAGGCGCCACAACCACAACCGUCACCGCCAACACGGGUGGAGGGGGCGGGCCUGGUGGUACGGGAGGGCUGGAAGAGGCACCCCCGAAUCCCUUUCACGCCGACCCGCGCCUUCUAGCCUCCGCUGCCGCCUCCGCCCUGGCUCUUGCUCUCACCGUGGCUGCUGCCGUGCUCUGCCUCAGGAGACGGUCGACGGCUGGGCAGGGCGGCAGCAGAGGCAGUCAGGACGACCAGGAGGCUGAGGAGAACAAGACCAAUCUCUUGCAGCAGAGAGACGCCUACUACGCCACCGUCAAGAAGCCCCAGCCCGUACCUGCCACACUAGAGCGGAUACCAGGUACCAGGGAGAAGGAGACAGAGUACUCCGAGGACAUCUACCCUUACGCCACCUUCCAGCUUGGGGAAGGGCGUGGGGGUGGCGGGGGAGGAGGUGGUGGAGGAGCACCCGAGGACACAGCCACCGCCAAGUUCCAAACCUUUGUGUAUCAAGACGCUCGGUACGGCGUGACCGAGGCACGACCACCCACCUCGCCCGAUCGCCCGGCACCCACCAGCAUCCGUGGGGAGGGCUGGGGGCGGGGGAAAGGGAGAGGCGUGCCGGGGGGGCCGAGGAGUGAGAGUGAAGAGUACGAUUCCCUUCAGUCGGACACGGACACCGAACACGCUACAUCUUCCCGCACCGAGUCUUCAAUCCACCUGGACUCCGCUACCUUGGAGACACACCACGCCCUCCACCUGCCCCUUGACCCUCACCUGGCCACCCUAGAAGCUCCCCCGUCACGCCCCGAGCCCAGCCACGCCUCCUCCCGCGGCCCAGGGGCGUGCAAGGCGUCGACCAACAGGAACAUGCAUCACAACCUGAUCUACCACGCUCCCGAGUCGAGCACCUCCACCGAGCCGUCUCCUGUGGUGGAGCGCAAGUCGUUCCCACGUAAGCUGGACGUGAGCAAAGUGUCGCGGGCUGGUGGGGCCUUCACCAGCCGGGGCUUAGGCAAGGUCGCCGCCAGCCUCCGGGGAGCCACUGCUUCCUCCUCUAAUGCCACACAGGAAACGAGUCUCUGUUUCCCAAAGAAGAUGAGCCAUGGGUCGUCUUCCGUGGACUCCAAGAGCUCUGAGGACAGCAAGUACGGCUUUACCAGGAAGAUCUCCCCUCCUGUCGCCUUCUCCGGUAGCCACAACGAACUCUCCGAGGCAGAGUGUGACCUGGAGACCCGCAAGAGGGCGGCCACGGAGGGAGACGCACCUCCUUACAUCGGACACUCGAGGUCACAGUUCAGGUCGUACGUCUCGGCACGAGGCAAGGGGGACUAUAGCAUCAAAGUUUAGGCAACGACCCGACCCUCCGCCAGGAUAGCCAAGUUUUCAUGAAUUCUUCCCAUAGAUUACGCCGCCACCGGCACUACUCCCAGUACGCCACUAGGGAUGGCUGGGGUAUCAAAACAUUCCAGCUGUUCAUAGGCCAAGCCAAUAUGGAUAAGACAUAAGUCCCAGGAUAUGGAUGUUCUUAUGACAACAUGCGAGUUGGAACAAAGAUUCUUCAGCAUCCAUUUGUUUGUAUCAUCAUGUACAUAAAAAUGUUCCCUGAGGUACAUUUUUUUUCUCUCUGGAACUGUAAAUACUCGUGCCAUGGGUGUCUGGUCAUCAUUUAUUAUUACCGUUUGAUUUACCUUGGCGUUUUUAUUAGAUAAUUGCUUUCCGGUAACACUCCAUCAGCUGGUUGAGGCUACGAGUCACAAUCACGUGUAAAGUUAGUGUGGGGUGAGUCUCUGAUCCUUCACAGUUAGAUGAUCUUUUGUACAGUCCUCAUCUUGGCGCUAAUCCCAUCAUGUAACAUAUCCAUAUUGUUCUCUGGUAGAUGUAUAUUUCUUUUUUCCGCAAGAGUUUCCCGUGACAGUCCUGGCAGCUCAUAUAAAAAAUUACCAUAUUAUGAAACGCUUCUGCGCCGCGCCUCCACUACUUUCAAAAGGCUCUAGUUAUACGGCUUUUAAAGGAUUUCUAACUUUUUUUUUUAUGGUUCUAGUGACAAGACUUCUACAUUACUGACAGGAGAAACACUCUUGAGAACUAGGCUAAUCAUCUCAGUAACCUUUCAAAAUAGUCGUGGUGAGAAAGCAAAGCGUUUCUGAAUAAAGGCCGGUCGUCACAGCGGAGCCA